AUGCCUUAUCUUAAAACUAGAAUAGCUGUAGCUAGGUCGCAAGUUUAUCGACAGAACAAGGUUGGUUGCUGGUUUGUACUAUCUUCUUUAUUACUAUUGCUGGAUGGAGUUUGGGGGGCUAGCAGGUUGAGUGUGAAUAGUGAGCGAAGUCAGAGUAGCAUUAGUAGUGAUGCGACUAUAGGUAGAAAACCGGUUUGGAGAAAGUCAAGUAAGAUGGCUACAACAUUACGCGGAAUUGGGUUUGAUCUUGGCGAUGAUCACGAAACUGUGUGGAUUCAACCCUACAAGCCCGAGGCGUAUGGACAGGCCUAUUAUAUAGUAAAGUGCUCGGCUAGCGCAAUCAACUUCACGAUGCCAUUUUAUUCCAAUGCAGAUGAAGCCAAGCUGGCUUUGGAUAGGUUGAGAGAGGUGGCCGUCAUUAAAACCACUGCCAUUAGAGUGACAUACAGAAGAGCCAAUAUAAGCUGUUAUACAGAAAACCUGCAAAUUAUAUCUCGAGUUAUUAACGUGGUUGAUUGUAAGAAUCUAGUGCUUUAUUUGAAUCCUAAUCGGCCAAAGAAUGUGGAUCCUGAUAAGAUAUAUUUGAACUUUAGUUUACCAGAGGCAAAUAGUACAAUUGAGCGCGCUAAGUUAGGCCCAUCAUGUACGCUCCGGUUUUCGACUCGCGCGCAUAAAUCGCUUCCAAAUUUGAUGGCCGAAGGUAUUGCCUUGGUGCGAUCGAUUUCAACGCUCAUUCUGGAAGAUUUGCAGUUUGAAGACUUCACAUUUAUGGACCAACUAACGCUAAGUGAUGAAUACGCCCUAUACUUCAGAUAUUUACCGGAGGUUGUCAAGCUUAAUUUCAGGUUUAUGCACCACGCGUCUCCCAGAUGCCAGCAGAUCUCUAUUGCGGGCCCCAAAGACACAAAGCUAACCAUACUCGGUCUUGAGAAUGCCACUAUGACAAUCCAUCCACGGCUAGUUCUGGUGGUUGAUUGGGGACUUCUUCAGAAUUUGGCCAUGAACAACAAGGCCACAAUCACAGUCCAUGAGCUUGUCGGGCGUGCAACUGAACCAAUUCCUGGGCAUCCGUCUAUUUAUGCCCCCAUAAUGAUUAAUGCCAAGAAAGUUGUUACUGAAAUUGCCGCCAAUAUAGAGUGCGGCCACAACGAUUUCAUCCUCCGGCCCUACACCAAAGACAUUUGUGCCAGGUAUGGCAUCAAGACCGACAGCGUUCGAAUCUACUAUAGAGACGAUCGCAACGACAUGCUUAGGACACUCGAGAUACUUCAAAAGUGCAAUGCUUUAGCAAUAAUACCAAAGGAAGUCCAGGAAAGGGACGUUGUAUGUUACGGCAGAAGACUUAGCGUCCCCGAUUGGGAGCUUCAGGAAACAGUUAGCUUUCGACUUAGCCAGCUCCCGAAGUGGGAAGAUUUCAAGCUAGAGGCACAGUAUGGCUCAAAGUUCUGUCAGGCUAUACGCUACAAAACCAUCCGAAUUCUUGGCAGGCAGGCUCGUUAUGAAGAACAGCGCCAACAAGUCCAGCAUCUUAUAGAACUAUUUCGGUGUCUUGUUGUGGAUGAGCUUAGAAUCACCAAUCUCUGCGACGACACUCAAGACAAUAGCUUCUUCCUUCCGAGAAAUCUUCAAAGAGACAACUGGGGCCGUAGCCAAUACCAGCUUGACAUUAAGCUUUUGGUGCUAGACCGUGUUGACAACCGCUUCCUUUAUUGGAUGAUAAAGCACUAUCUGUUCAAGGGUAACAUCGAGGUGCACAUUUUGAACCAGCGCUUCACGAAUCUAAAUGUAGCCGUGCUACUCUCUAAAUCAAUAACCCCACAGAUAUCAAAACUUGUACUCAAUGACUUCUUUGAGCUAAACGAAAUCAAAUACUACAACCAACCAGAGAAAAUCCACGGGUUCUCUUUAUUCAAAUAUGCAUCCACCAAAGCCGCCGAAGGAGUAACAGACGAGUUUACUUGCCUGUCCAAACUAUUCCUAGAUCUGGGCUGUCUUGAUUGUAGGGACUAUGAUAGUGUCUUAACCACACUUGCGGCCUAUAAAGUCGGGUUCCGAUCGGCUUCAUUCGAUGUGUACAUUAACAACGCCAUAACGGCCUACACAAAAGGGCUAGCCGCCGCCUGUCCAGACCGGUCACAGGAGCAUGAGGAAGCCUGGCUAAACAACAAGGAGGACGAGAGCGACCUGAGAACAUUAGUGCUUUAUUGGCUUGAUAUAAAGGACAUCAAAAUAGACAAUAAUGAGCGUCGUGCUAACAGCCAGUCACAGGCCGAACCAGACCAACUACAAACCCAGUCCGUCAAUAACCUUUGGCUAUACUUCAGUGAUUACCAGUUCAUAAGCGAAAAGCGCUUGGCAAUCAUUAUUCAAUGGGCAGCCUGGCGAUUUAAAGGUCUGAUCAGUCUGCACUUAGCAAACCUUAAGGUGCUACAAAGGAAGAAGAAUAUACUAGCCAGCCGAACCUAUUGGCUCAUUGACCAACCAUUGCUCAAAACCGUUACAUUGUCCGGGCAGGGCCCCAACCGCACACCUUUUUAUUUAACAAUCUCCCUUUAUCACAAUGCCUUACUAGAAUGCUUUGUUAGCCCAAAUCCCCCGUUUGUGGUUGUAUUAAAGGCCAUACGCACCAACCCAAGACCAACCUAUGGCUACAGUUUGCAAUUCUCCUACGACAUAUGUUCCGAUCACAUCGACAACCACCAAGCCCUCAUAGAAGCCACAGUAGGUCUAACAUGGAAUAAGUACGUUAGGAAUUGCAGACGAUGCAGCCGAAUCCGCGCUCGACCCACGCAGAUACCGAGAAAAAGAGAGAGGAAGACGAAUAAGGUCAGCACAGAUGAGAACAAGCUAAAAGCUGCGAACUCCGAGCACAUGCACGACACAUUAGCUUACCUCACUGUACCAUACCUACACUGCCAGAUUUGUGCAUGCAUUAACCACGAUGUGUAUUAUCCAACAAUACCGGAUGAGCAGCGGCAAACAAAGGAUUGCCGCUUUAUAGUCCAGAUGCUGCCCACAUUUAUCUUCGCCGAGGGCAGUACCCAUAAUAUCCCCCCAAAGUUCCAAGCUCUCAUAGAAAAGCCAAUACACUGCUCCCAAGUCGAUUUGUAUGCCGCCACCUACUUCAAGUCAGCACUCGCCUCAGUACUCGAAAAGGAACUAGAAUCCGGAAUCAUCCAACUAGUCCACAUCAUCAGCACAUGA